UAUGUUUGCGAAAUUUCUGGGACGCAUUUCAUACUUCGUAGCAUUCUACGUAUUUUUAGCUGCUGUUGAGGCCGUUCAAUACGAUAUUGUCGUAGAGAACGAGGAUGUGUUCACGCCCUGUGAAGGUUACCCCGGUGACUACAUCGACAAGUACUUCGACAUUUCGGGUCUCAAUUUCGAGAGGCAAGAUGACUUUGUGAAAGUAACUGGGGAUGUCAAGUUGAUUUACGAAUUCCAAUCUAGCGUACCGAUUCAGCUCGACGGCGAGGUGUACAAGAGGUCCCGCGGCGAAUGGGUGGAUACGAUCUAUAAUAUUCGUCGGUCGAAUUUUUGCCCGGCGUUGUACGACGAAAAUGAAUUGUGGUAUGCGAUCACCCAAGUGGUACCCCAGAAAGACCGCGAUUGCCCGCCAAAACCCGGGUUGACCAUAUCGUUCGAUUCGCUGUUCGGCUUGUCGUAUGACCUGCAGGAUCGCACCGCCGACGGCGAAUAUAAGUUGAGAGUGAAGUUGGGUCAAGGCCAGGCGGCCAUGUGUUUCGAAAUCGAAGCUAGUGUCUACAAAAGCGAAUGAAUGGACCCACUUUCAUAUGUACAUAUAUAGGAAUAAAUAAAAUGAUGUGUGUAAUUUGAAGUUU